GCUGGGAACGAAGAUCAGGUGUACAGAAACGCGCGGUGCUGCUGGCCGGGUUCCUGGACAUGGCGCUACUGGUGGUUAUGGGAGUGAGCGGCUCGGGGAAGUCCACCGUGGGCUCACAUCUGGCCAAUAAGCUGGGAUGGAAAUUCUAUGAUGGCGAUGACUAUCAUCCAGAAGAGAACAGAAAGAAAAUGGCAGAAGGAAUCCCUCUGAACGAUCAGGACAGAAUCCCAUGGCUUUGCCACUUGCAUGAUAUGCUAAUGAGGGAGCAUGCCUCUGGGCAAAACACAGUUUUAGCCUGCUCAGCUCUAAAAAAAAUGUACAGGUGCAUUUUAGAAAAUGGAGAGACUGGUAUAAAUGUCCAGAAUUCAAGUGGCCAGCCAGAAGAACAAGAGGAACCUGCAUCACGAAAGAUCCUUUUCAUCCACUUAGAUGGACCAAUGGACCUUAUUGCUCAGCGUUUGGCGAAAAGGAGGGGUCAUUUUAUGCCACCUGAGCUACUACAGUCUCAGUUUGAUGCUCUUGAAGCUCCGUCGGCACCUGAACAUUUCAUCACUGUCAGUCUGGAAAAACCUGUUUCAGAAAUAGUAUCUAUAAUUGAAGAAUAUGUUAGAAACAGGUAUGGAUAAUUCUUCCAGACUGGUUCUUGGUUUACAAGACAAACUCAAACAAGAGUUUGUUGCCUUUUACUAAACAUAAUCAUGAAUUAACUUUAUUGUACUUAUGAGAUGAGGACAGUGUUGCUUAAGUACAAGGCAUUUUUCACUUUCUGCUUUUACAUACAUUGGAUUUAGGUGAGAGUUGUUAAAGCAUGUAUUAUUGCCCUAAUAUUCCAGUGAUUUAUCUUAGAAAAAUGCAAACUGAAACAUUUGGAAAAUACAAUUAAAGUUGGAAGUACACGUUACAAAGUUUAUAUGGAGUGAACCCUUCUAAUGGAGCAGUCCUAUCUUUCAGUUACAUCCGGACAGUAGACUUAGGGUUGCUCCUAACUAGGGUUGCCUCCCAUCCCCCAGACUACUAGAGUACAGCAGCACUAUGGUAGCAUGAAAAAAUAUGUACAAGUGUGGUGGCUAAGAGGAGGGACUCCUUUCCUCCAGCUGGGGGGAAAUGGGGAGGAGAAGGCUGGAUGUCUCCAAAACCAGAGGAGGGGGAAAUUGAGUCUCAAUACAUUGCCACUAUCUGUGAGCCUUUUAAGCGUGCACAAUUUGGUGCUGGGGUUCAUUUUUCUUGCUUGUAAUAUGGCUUAAUGUAGUAACUUUUUUGAUUUGCAUUGGUUCAAAAGCCUCUUUAACUGCCAGACUGACUGCAUCAACAAUUAUAGACUGAAGAUCCUCCCAGGACAACUGCAGCAAGUUGAUUUCUGUGGAGCUAUCUAAACAUACAUCAUCUGGCAUUUUUUCCUGUGUGUCCUGAUCAUCCAUUUUAAUGUGAUAGCAAAAGUCCCUGUUCAGCCCAGCAAAACCUAAAGUCUCUGCAAAAUGUUUGUCAGUAGUCUCUUCAAGGCUGACUGCAUGCACCAGAUAAUGGCUCUCAUAGACAUAUUAACAACCAAGAAUCUUUCAACACAAACCAGGUGCUUUGCAGCUUUAUAAUGGAGUCUAGACACAAUGAGCUUUUCUGUUCUCAACA